GUGAGAGGCAUAGCGGGCACUCAACGCUGGGCAUCGGGCUGCUUCCGCUACAAGUUCCUUUUCUGCUCGAAGUUGUGCCGUAUUUGCGAUGAGAGCCACGACCCGUCGUGCUCACUGGCUCGCUUUCUCGUCGUUUGUCGAACCGUCCCUCCCUCUCCAGCCAAGUCGUUCUGCUCAUCUGGCUCGACUUUUUGCAGGCCCUGACUGGCUCGAAAAAAGCCUUGUUCCUUGGCCAUGGAGUUAAACUCGGCCUUGAUACACGAUGUGAUCCAUCCCACGGCAGCCUUCACCCAGAACCCGUUGGUCAAGGACGGAUCUAGGGCGCGUCCCGAGUUCGUCCUAUGGGAGGAUUCUCAGCUUAACCCAAAGAACCGGCUCGAUAGCCUCGAGUUCCCUCAGCCUGCCCUGUUUCGGAUUGACGGCUGCACCGGUCUGGGCACCCAGUACUAUGCCGUGCCCCUUUUCCUCUCCCACGUGCCACCGAUGCGCCUCGAUGUUUUCAUUCCCGAGCAAGCAGUGGCUUCGCCUGUCCUUCGCGAGCUUCUGGAUCUGAAUGUCGCCUUCCAUACCAAAGACGCCACAAGACUCCGUCGACUUGGGAUAUCCAGAUACAUUGUCCGCGCCCUGCAGAACUGGAUCGCAGAACGCGGAUAUGACACGUACUCGUCGCUGGUUCCGGGCCUGCCGUUUGGCUCCCGCAUCAUCUUUGAAGCCCUCCAUUUCGAUAUUCGCAAGACAAAGAUCUCUGUGGUGCCGACGUACUACGUGGAGCGACAGCUGCUCGGGGUGGCCAACCUGAGCGAGAGUCUCGGGCUUGCCCCUGAGCUCCUCCCUGAGGCCGUCGACAUUGCGAGCUUGAGCACCGUCCAGGAGCUGUACGACAGUGUGUGUCUUGUGCGCAUGCGGAAGCGGAAAGCGUGCCAGGGGGGCGACGGCCUGUGGAUCUUCAAGGCCCUAACCAGCAACACCAAGUAUCUGUUCGUCGAACUGCGGAAUCUCCUGCUGAUGGAACCCCAUCCAAACAUCAUAUCGCGGCCCCAGUAUCUUGUCACCAAGCGCUGUUUGUUCGGCGGCAAGACGGCGGUGGCUGGCUUCCUUGUGCCGUAUCAUGAGCAUGGCAGUGUCCGAGACAAGCUCCCCCUGAUGCGAAUCCAUGGUCAUCUCAAGCUGGAACAACAGGUCAGAUGGGCGUCACAGCUAGCCUCGGCUGUGCUCCACAUUCAUGAGCGCGGUGGCAUGUUCUACUCAGACUUGCGGCUCGAUAAUGUCGUCCUAUCGGCCACUAACGACCUUGUCAUGAUCGAUUUCGAGCAGCGGGGCGUCUGGUGCGAGUUCGCCUCCCCCGAAGUCAACGCCAUCGAGUACGUUCGAAUUCUGGCCAGCGACGAGCCGGAUGACGCAAACCCGGGCAUCCCUGAGGAGACUCGUGGCCACUUCGCCGCUCGACUCAACCGGAUCCUCCCCGAUUGGGAUGUCUUGCAAGCAUCAGAAGACUAUUCGGCUCCGCGCCCGCACGGGUAUUCCAACUACAACAUUGCCUGGCUUGCGCUAGAUGAGGCCGAGCAAGAGUCCUCAAUGGUGUACAUGCUCGGCCGCGUCUUGUGGUGUAUUUUUGAGGGUCAGAGCGCGCCGAACAAGGCCGCCGUUUGGCAGUCGUACCGCUACGAGCCGGACAUCGAGUUCCCCUCGUUUCGCCUGACGCCAAGCGGGUUGAGGGACCUCAUUGAUCGUUGUACGAGGGGCAGGCGUGAGGUGCUCUCCAGCUCGAUCGUGAGGCAGGCUGGCAGACUUGUACUGCGGGGCAAGGAAAGCAGCACCGCCGAGGACGUCCUCAGGGUGGCUCGAGAGUGGUGGCAGGCUGAGGUCAAGGCAGCGGAAGAGUUUCUUGACAUGCGGGAGGAGCGGAAAACGAGAGGGACAUGGGAUGGCAAUUACUUUGGACGGCCCAAAUUGAGGGAGGUAUUGGCCGAGUUGGAACGGUUCCAAGAAGGGUACGACGCUGCCUCCAGGCCGGCCUCCCCCGACUGAAGGGACUCGACAUUGUGGGCGAACGCUCGAUGUUCGGGAGCAUCAAGGCCGAAUGCGAGAGCGGUAAC